AUGUACCUGUUUUUGAGGUACCAUGUUCCACAGCCAGGAUACCCGGGCGCUUCUCCCCCUUACCCCGUUGUGCCGCAACCGCACGCUGGGCCUUCUGUCCCCAGCCCCGGGUUCAACGCCUAUCCUGUCGCCGGCCCGGGGGCUGGCUACGUGGCUGCGCCCCAGCCACCCCCCCGGGGAUACCGGGACCACUCCGCUUCCCCCCAGCACCCCCAGCCCAGCGAUCCCCACGCCGCCAUCACUCCUUACCUGCCUGUGUCGGCUGGUAUCCCACCUGGCUUGGAGUACCUGACCCAGGUAGACCAAAUUUUGAUCCAUCAGAAGGUGGAACUUGUAGAAGCUUUCAUCGGCUUCGAAGGCAACAACAAGUACGAGGUGCGAAACAGCCUCGGCCAGCACAUCUUCCACGCGGAAGAGCAGAACGACUGCUGUACCAGGAACUGCUGCGGCUCGCUACGCCGCUUCUCCAUGCGGCUGGACGACCCCAGUGGCCGCGAAGUCAUCCGGCUUGUCCGUCCACUGAAAUGCGUCAGCUGCUUUUUCCCCUGCUGCCUUCAGGAGAUGGAAGUCCAGUGCCCGCCGGGUGCCACCAUCGGCUACGUGGUGCAGACCUGGCAUCCCUUCAUGCCCAGGUUCUCCAUCCAGAACGUCGAGAAGGAGACGGUGCUCCGUGUUUUGGGGCCCUGCUUUGCCUGCAGUUGCGGCGGGGAUGUCAGCUUCGAGGUGAAGACCCGGGAUGAGUCCCGUGGGGUGGGCCGGAUCAGUAAGCAGUGGAGCGGCCUCCUUAAGGAAAUCUUCACCGACACGGACAACUUUGGGAUCCAGUUCCCCAUCGAUCUGGACGUGAAGGUCAAGGCGAUUCUCCUCGGAGCCUGCUUCCUCAUUGAUUUUAUGUUUUUCGAGAAGACGGGAGAAGUUGGACAGAGGACCUCUGUAAUGAGCAGUUGA